CAGUGCAUGCGUGUUCGCUGUCUGUCAUGCGGCUUUGUUCGGGCCAAGAAUACGACCCGUCAAGUUGAGCAUCUCGCCACCUGCCAGGACUUUUUGACAUCCCCCGAGGGACAGCAAGCAGUCCAGAACGGCGAGUUGGAGAUGACGCCAGCAGGCCCUCCUCCAAGCUUCAACAACAACAUGCGCGGCGACAUUUGGCGCGGUAGUGCCCCGAACCCGAUCCUCCAAGUCGGCAACACUCCUGCCAGCCGCCUGAGCAUCGGCGGCGGCAAUAAGAUGCAGCCUCCACCACGACCGCAGCCUAGCCUCGUUAGUCAUCUGCUCAACAAGUGGCCCGACAAGCUUGCCAAGGCGACCCAGCAGCAAUUCCUCUCGCAUGCUGGAUGUGGCACGCUGUCCGCUACUGCACUAGCACACUGGCUCGGUCAGAAUUCUCACAUCAGUCGUGCCAUGAUUUCCUUCAUCGGCAAGCUGAUUGGAAAGGUCUCCCUGCCCGAGACUAGCAACAGCAAGACCAACACGCACUACCGCGCGCUCGAUCUUCUCGUCUCGACUGUUAGCAACAUUAGGAAGGAGCUUGACUUCAUCGAGGCUACCAAGCGCAAGCAUUCAAUCCAGUCCGACGGCGAGCCACCGUCUCCGAUGACCAAGGCCUAUGUCGACCUUCUCGCUUCUGCAGCGGAUACUAGGUCCACGCUGCUCGAGGGCAUGGUGGCUCUUUGGGCGACCGAGCACUGCUACUACGCCUCUUGGCAAUACGCAUCGAACUUCGCAUCGAAAAUGCCGACCUCCAGCUAUUCCCAACACCUCGCUGCCCUCCAAGAAGCCCUCAUCCCGAACUGGACCUCCCGCGAGUUUAGCAAGUUCGUUGAGGCCUGCCGCGCCAUCGUGGACGAGCUCGCCAACGCAGAGACAACGGGCAGCGGCCGCGACCAGCUGCUGCGCUGCGAGCAGCAGUAUCAGCAGGUCAUCUACCUGUGGGAGCGUGUAUGGCCAGAGGUCGACGGCAUGGGCCAGGAGAACGAU